AUGCUCGACAUACUCCCCAAUGGAAAAUCGUUCAAGAAGGAAGAAAGAUCAGCUGUUAAAAAAGAUAUUAAAGAGUGGUUUGCCCGGUACAGUCGUAAGAGAAGUCAGAAAAUGCCGAGGAUGGGAAAGUCGUGGCACGCCCGGCGUGUGUUCCAGCAUGAGAACAAGGACGCCAUCGAUACCGAAGCGAAAAGGCUUUGUGCCGAAGCCAUUGAAGAGGGACAAAAGAGGCCUAAAGGGGGAGAUCCCACUCAUUUUGAUUUUCGGGAGUGGGUCGUGACUCAAAUGAUGGGAAAACUGAAGAAAAGGGAGAAAGACGUACUGCAGAGGACGGCCGAGGAGUACAACAAGAAGGGAGUUGACCCGGAACUCAAGUCCAAACUGGCUGUAAAGAACUGCACGGCUCGGAUGCAUGCAUUUUCCAAGGAACUUUAUGACACAAUGGGUGUCCGGGUCUUUAUCUUAGGAUGUUAUCUGAAGCCCGAUGGUAAUUUGGACGUCUCGACGUAG